CCUGUUCGCAACCCUGUUCGAAUAUGGUGGCACCCAUACAUACAAGCUAGCACGGCCAAACAAAGCUAGAAUAUCCAGCCAUCCCAACCUAUGAACUGUGUCGAUAAAGUGUCUCAGCUGCAAAGCAGUGUUAUGUGACUUUGUUCUCAUUAUUUUCAUCUUGUUGUUGCUGCGACAGCCAUGGAUGAAUUCAGGACUGACCUUUUUAAACAAGGAGCAGAGAGUAAGGUUUACAAGGGUACCUAUUUCAGCAAACCAGCCAUAUUUAAGGAACGGUUUGUUAAAACGUAUAGACACCCUGACCUUGACAGGCAGCUCACACAUGAGAGAAUCAAGGCAGAGGCCCGUGCAUUGCGUAGAUGUAGAAGUGUCGGCAUCCCCGUGCCCUCACUGUACUUCGUCGACUUGGCCUCGAGACUCAUAGUUACUGCUUACCUGGAGGACGCUACAACGAUUCGUGAAGCCAUAGCGAAUGCCGAGAAGACCAGCUCGAAAGAACAUCGAAAUAAGCUUUCGUAUUUGAUGAAUCGAAUUGGCGUAUUGGUCGCCUCAAUGCACAAAGAAGGAGUUAUUCACGGGGACUUAACCACAUCGAACCUUAUGGUACAGCGCUUCGAGUGUGACGCACCAAUUGUCAGUAUCAUUGACUUUGGCCUGAGUUUUAUGAGUGAUACACCAGAAGACAAAGGUGUUGACCUCUACGUUUUGGAAAGGGCUUUUCUCAGCACACAUCCUGGUUCAGAAGAUCUGUUUCAACAUCUAAUUGCGAGUUAUGCGAAACUAUAUGGCCCCAAAGGGGCCGACAUCAUGAAAAAGUAUGAAGAUGUGAAACGCCGUGGUCGAAAAAGAAACAUGGUUGGGUGAUCUCUGAACAUUUUUGGCUAUUGUUGCGUAAUGUUCCAUUUAUUUACAUGUAGGCAUAUCCUGACGGAAAGGAUGAAUACACUGAGUUCUGUAUAGCCUGCUUGCAAAGACCCAUUUGCAGGGCAGACAUGUGCAACUGUUCUAGCCAUUAUUCCAAAGUGAAGAGGCUAUUUGAUGCAGAAUAAACAAGUUUUGUACUACGGUA